CUCUGGUACUUGUGCUUCUGUAGUGAGCAGACGUACCUCCACACAAUUGUAACAUUAUCUAUGGGGUCGACAAGUUAAUUUUAGGAUGCUGCUCUUCUGCGGUGCACAGUUGUUAACACACACACACACAUACAGACAGAAAACCACAGAACCGAAAUAUUCACCAUCAAAGUUGGUCAAGCCUUCAAAGAAGGAGAUUCCGGGAAAUUGUUCAACACGAUAACAGAAUGACUGAAACCGAUGUCUACAAAGAAAGUAGCAAUCGAUGGCGAAUGGUCGCUAUUUUCUUUCUGCUGCUGUCCCUGAUGCUGUUGGUGAUAAUCAUAUUCAUUGUUUUGAGUCAUCGCAGCGAUGACGUCGCCAUAAUCACGUGCAGCAAGAAACGAUCUAGCAUCGUCGUGACGGAGGCUGAUUCGCCAGACGUGUUUCACGAUCUAACCGCCAAAGAGCUGGAAAACAUAAAAACAUUUCUGUAUGGACUGCCAGACCUUAAUAUAGCACAGCCUGAACAGGUGGGCAUAAACACGACUUACGUGUUCGCUAUUGAUCUCUUCCUUCCACCCAAAUACAGGGUUCUUGACUACCUGGAUGGGAAUGGUAGAAAACCGCUGAGACAGGCAAAGGUAGUGGUCAUCAGAGGUGAUGCAAAUCCCCCGGUCAUCGCCGAAUACAUUGUCGGACCUCUGCCAAACCCGGAAGUAUACGAGCUGCUAGAGUCGUCUGCUAGAAAGAACCCUGUUAACAUCGCAUUCAGACCAUUGGAUAUCAUUGAAGUGAUUGCCCUUUACGUGCACGUAUUUCGAAAAAUAGACGACGAACUGGGGCACAUUUUGAACGACAGCUUUGGCGCAACUUUCACACACUGUGGAGACAGGUGUUUGACGUUUUACCCGAUAUUCGUGACGUCUGUUCUGCAGAACACGAUAGCCAGGAGGAACUGGCUUACCACGCUGUAUGACGUCGAGUUCCCGACACUGCACCCUGUAGACUUUGCUGUGUUGGUUAACCUCAACACCACGAACCCAGAAUUGUUCUUUGUCGAAAAGCUGAUAUAUGCUGGAGACGAAUUCAACAACACUGACCACUUCAAAUCCGAGUACGAAGCUGGUAAUACUAAACGGCUGAAGACGCCCUUUCCCGAGAUGUCGCGUGAACUGUUCUCGUCCAUGAAUAUGCGAGGCGAUCCGGUCCCAGUACAUCCACAGCAGCCUCCUAGACUUGUAGAACCCGACGGUGCACGGUACACCGUUAAGAACAGACACAUCGAGUACAUGCAAUGGCAGGUUGAUAUCAGGAUGUCCAUACUCUCGGGGCCACAGAUAUACGACGUCCGUUUCAACGGAGAAAGGAUAGCCUACGAAAUUGGUCUACAGGACAUAGGCGUGUUCUAUUCGGGGCACGACCACAUCCAACGGAUAGCAAACUACAUGGACGGUCUGUCCGCGCUGGGGAGUAAGACCAAGCCUCUCAUUCCCGGAGCUGACUGUCCAGAAACGUCCACCUUCAUUGGGAACAGCUUCGUCGUGGGUACCACGGCCGGUGUCGGUCAAAUGGACAGAGUCUGGUGUGUGUUCGAGCAGAAUUCCGGCAUGCCUUUAAGACGUCAUAUGUCGUACGCUGCAGAAGAAGGUUCCUUUUAUGGCGGGAUGCUUGACAGUGCCUUAGUGAUCAGAUCCAUCAUCACUUUCUCGAACUACGAUUACGCUAUUGACUAUACAUUCCACCAGAACGGUGCUCUGGUGGUGCAGGCUCUGUCCACGGGAUAUGUGACGUCCUUCAGGAAGCAGUCGGAACACUCGAGUUAUGGAUUUGAAAUCCACAAGGACAUCAUUGCCAAUCUGCAUCACCACAUGUUCAACUUCAAGGUGGAUUUAGAUGUACUGGGAACAGACAACAGGUACGAAACACUGGACUUGUCCACGGAGAGUGUUUCCAACCCGUAUUCUGACGAUCCUGAUUCCAAGUACUGGCAGGUUAAAAUGGACACCACUCUCAAACGUAACGAGCUGGACGCAGCAUAUAAAUUUAAUUUUAACACACCAAAAUAUCACCUUUUCCACAAUAACAAGAAACGAACAGAAAAUGGAGUGAAACGUGCUUACAGGGUCGUGUUUGACGGAAUCUCCAAACAGCUGCUUCCAGAAAACCAAGGCAACGAGCUGGCGGUGUCGUGGUCACGUUACCAGAUGGCGGUCACCAAAUACAGCAACGAUGAGCGGGACAGCAGUUCGCCGUAUGCGGCGUUCGACGCCAUCUCACCGACCGUCAACUUCUCGUCCUUCCUGGACAACAACGACAACCUCGUCGAUGAGGACCUGGUUCUGUGGAUCUCCCUUGGAAUGUAUCACAUCCCUCGCAGCGAGGAUCUGCCAGUGACGUCCACACUUGGUUCUGAGCGGAGGUUCCUUCUGCUGCCCUACAACUACUUCCACCAGUGUCCGUCCACGGCCUCCCGCGACGCCGUCAGGAUGGAACUCGUCAACAGAUCCGCUCCCCAGGAAGGCGUCCGCCUCGUGCGCUAUGGCAACGACAGCACCACGUCCUGUAUCGCCCAGUUUAACGAGUGGGUUAACAAGGGUUUCAGGGAGAAUCCCGACAUGGGCCUUCAAAGCAAACGUGAUAGAGGAACCUUUUAGAUGACUAAACAGCUAGAUAUCUCAAAAAAUUUCAUUUGCUAAUCAGUGACAUUAAAAAAAAAUUAACUGUCUGAUCCGAUCACAGACAUCUCCAAUUUAUAAUUUGCCAAAAAGUGACAUUUUAACGGUCUCAUCCAAUCGCAGACAUCUCAAAUGUAUCAUUUGCCAAGGAGUGACAUUUUAACUGGCUGACCCUAUCAUAGAUAUUUCAAAUUUAUCAUUUAACAAGCAGUGAUAUUUUAACACUAAGAUUCGUCACAGAUGUUUCAAAUUAUAAUUUGCCAAGGAGUGACAUUUUAACGGUCUGGUCCUGUUUCAAAUUUAUCAUUUGCCAAGGAGUGAAAUUUUAACUGUCUGGUCCUGUCUCAAAUUUAUCAUUUGCCAAGGAGUGAAAUUUUAACUGUCUGAUCCUAUCACAGAUGUCUCAAAUUUAUCAUUUAGCAAGGAGUGACAUUUUAACUGUCUAAUCCUAUCAGACGUCUCUUAUUUAUCAUUUAACAAGGAGUGACAUUUUAACAACAAAGGAAUGUUUAAUGGCACAUCAUAUUUUUUUUUCAUGCCAGUGCUGUGAUAUGAAUUUAAUAAUAAAAAGUGAAAUGUGUUAAAAGCUGAAA